UGCCUCUCCUUUAGGUGUUCCUACAUCGUCUUAACCAAUACGCGGCCACCAAAAUUGACAAAAACAUCACAGAGGAAACGGUCAAGGUUUUAUUCUCCAACAUUGAGGAGAUUCUGGCUGUCCAUAAGGACUUCCUUUCCAUGGUGGAGGAGCUGCUGCAGCCCGACCCUCACCCUCACCAUGAAAUCGGCCGCUGCUUCCUGCGUUUUAGGAGUCGUUUCCAGGUUUACGAUGAAUACUGCGGAAAUCACGAGAAGGCCCAGAGGCUGCUGUUGGAGCUCAAUAAGACCAGGAGCAUCAGGACAUGCUUACUGAAUUGCAUGUUGCUGGGAGGCAGGAAAAACACUGAGGUCCCACUUGAAGGUUACUUGGUAGCUCCGAUUCAGAGGAUCUGCAAGUACCCGCUGCUGCUGAAAGAGCUGCUGAAGAGGACCCCUAAGAAGCACAACGACCACGCGUUGGUGCAGGAGUCCCUUCAGGUGAUGAAGGCAGUGUGCUCCAACAUCAAUGAAGCCAAGAGGCAGAUGGAAAAGUUGGAAAUCUUAGAAGAAUGGCAGUCCCAUAUUGAGGGCUGGGAGGGCUCCAAUAUUACAGAUACGUGCACAGAGAUGCUGAUGCAGGGCGUCCUGUUGAAGAUUUCGGCUGGAAACAUACAAGAGAGGGCUUUCUUCUUGUUUGACAAGCUUCUGGUUUACUGCAAGAAGAAAAACAGGCGUUUGAAAAACAGCAAAGCAUCCAAUGAGGGUCCCCGCUACCUGUUCAGAGGACGAAUCAACACCGAGGUGAUGGAGGUGGAAAAUGUGGAUGAUGGCACAGCUGACUACCACAGCAGCGGUAACAUCGUUAACAACGGCUGGAAGAUCCACAACACAGCCAAGAACAAGUGGUUCGUCUGCAUGGCCAAGACCCCGGAGGAGAAACAGGAGUGGCUGGAGGCCAUCAUGAAAGAAAGGGAGAGGAGGAAAAGUCUUAGGCUUGGCAUGGAGCAGGACACGUGGGUCAUGGUCUCAGAGAAAGGAGAAAAGCUCUACCACCUCAUGACCAAAGGGAACCUCAUUAAAGACCGGAAACGCAAGCUUACUACUUUUCCCAAGUGUUUCCUGGGAAGUGAGUUUGUUUCUUGGCUGAUGGAAAUUGGUGAAACAGGAAACCCAGAAGAAGGGGUUCACUUGGGUCAAGCUCUGCUGGAGAACGGCAUCAUUCACCACGUCACAGACAAGCACCAGUUCAAGCCGGAGCCUGUGCUCUACCGUUUCCGAUAUGACGACGGCACCUACCACCCCAGGAGUGACAUGCAGGAUGUUAUAGCAAAGGGUAUCCGUCUGUUCUGCCGUCUACACAGCCUCUUUAACCCUGUCAUCAGGGAUAAGGACUAUCAUUUACGGACUUACAAGUCAGUGGUCAUGGCAAACAAGCUCAUAGACUGGCUUAUAGCACAGGGGGACUGCAGAACAAGAGAAGAAGCGCUUAUCCUAGGGGUCGAGCUGUGCGACAAUGGCUUCAUGCAUCAUGUGUUGGAGAAGAGUGAGUUUAAGGACGAACCUCUGCUGUUCCGCUUUUUUGCUGAUGAGGAGAUGGAGGGAUCCAACACCAAACACAAACCCAUGAAGCACGAUCUGAAAAUAGUUGAAAAUGUUAUUGCAAAAUCUCUCCUGAUAAGGCCAAGUGAUGGAAGCUAUGGUUUUACCCUGGAAGAAAGAAACAGAGUCCCCAUCAUCAAAUGUGUGGAGAAGGGCUCCGCAGCUGAGAUGGCUGGCCUGGAAGUGGGGAAGAAGUUGUUUGCCAUCAAUGGAGACCUAGUGUUCCUGAGGCCUUACUCUGAAGUGGAAGUUCUCCUCAGGCGGUGUUUCAACAGCAAGGGGCCAAUCCGAGUGCUGGUCAGCACUAAGCCAAGAGAGACUGUAAAGAUCCCAGACUCUGCAGACGGUCUGGGCUUCCAGAUCCGGGGAUUUGGCCCCUCUGUGGUCCAUGCUGUUGGAAGAGGAACGGUGGCUGCCACCGCCGGCCUGCACCCUGGCCAGUGCAUCAUCAAGGUAAACGGCAUCAAUGUGAGCAAGGAGAGCCACGCCAGUGUCAUCGCUCAUGUCACCGCGUGCAGAAAGUACCGUCGGCCAUCACAGCAAGACACCAUUAAGUGGAUUUACAACAACAGCGAGAGCGCUUUGGAGGAAAACCAGAAAAGUAACAUGAAACCCACCCUGGAGGAGAACGGGGACGGCUUUGAGGGCAAAGUGGAAGAAGUAAUUGACAAAUUCAACACGAUAGCCAUCAUCGAUGGGAAGAAGGACCAUGUGAGCCUCACAGUAGACAAUGUCCACCUGGAGUAUGGAGUGGUGUAUGAGUAUGACAGUACAGCUGGAAUCAAAUGCCACGUUCUGGAGAAGAUGGUCGAACCCAAGGGGUUCUUCAGCCUAACUGCUAAGAUCCUGGAGGCACUGGCACGAAAUGAUGACACGCUGCUGCAGAUGUGCAGCAGAUUUAGCUCCAGCUGUGACAUAAUACCAAAGGACUUGCAGGUACGCUUCAAGGCCAUGUGCGGUGAGAGGACGGAGCACAUCAACCGCCGCAUCACCAACUACAGAAAGUUUUCUCGGGUACUGAAGAACAGAGCGUGGCCCACCUUUAAGCAGGCUAAAGCCAAAGUUUCGCCUCUCCACAGCGGCGACUUCUGUCCCACGAACUGCCACAUCAAUGUGAUGGAGAUCUCUUACCCGAAGACCACCACCUCCCUGGGCAGUGCCUUUGGUGUACAACUGGACAGCAGGAAGAACUCUUUGGAGAAGAGCGUUCGCAGCACUGGAGAGAGCGGUAAGCUAAACCCCAUGGUGAACGCCCAGUACACCAUCACAACUAUGGCUGCACCAUCUGGUCACAGCUUGGGUCGGACGGAGGGUCAUGGUCUCCGGUUCUUGCUCCGAGAAGACGACCUGCUCACCCUGGAUACAUAUCAGAAACUGCUUUAUAAGCUCACUGCGUCUGUCAAAGAGAUGGAGACGCAUGGUGCCCAUAUUCAUGACCUGCUAUCCUCCAUCACAUACCCUGCAGCGUCAGAGAUGAGGCACCCAGAGAGCUACAUAUCCGCAGAGAGUGAAGGGGAGAAAGUGGAGAGGAAUGGGAAGAAGGUGUGUUUUAAUGUGACAGGAGAUGAGCAGGAGGACUCUGGACAUGACACUAUCAGCAACAGAGACUCAUACAGUGACUGUAACAGCAACAGGAACUCCAUUGCCUCCUUCAGCAGCCUCUGCAGCAGUCACUGCAGCUCCUACGCUCACAGUGAUGACAUGGACUCAGGAGAUGAGAUGCCAUCUAGUGUGUGGCUGUCCCAUGACAAGGAAAGGAAACUACAUGGCUUCUUAGAGCAUCUGUUCAGCCAGGUGGACUCAAUCACCAGCUUGCUGAGAGGAACAGGGGUGGCUCGGGCUUUUGAGCAGACAAAAUGCUUCACACCUGCAAGAGGACUACAAGAGUUUCUGCAGGAGAUGGAGCCUGGGGUAAACUGUGCCAAAAAGCUGCGCCUCCACAUCAAGCAGGAUCCAUGGAACCUUCCCAACAGUGUUCAAAGUCUCACACAAACAAUUUCUAAAUAUGUAGAAGAGGUGAAGACGCGACUGCUUCUGGUUCUGCUGCAGUAUACAGAUUCAGAGAUCCAGCUGCGUCGUGAUAUGGUUCUCUCUCAGUCUUUGGUUGCUGCGGUUUGUGCAUUCUCAGAGCACCUGCUGGCUGUCCUGAACCAGUUUAACAAUGUAGGAAUAGAACUGGACCAGGACUUUCCAGAUCCUCAGGAGCUCCAGGAAACGCAGGAGGCCAGCCGUCGGUGGCUGGAGCAGAUAGCCAGCGCUGGCCUGCUGCUUCACUUCCAGUCACUCCUGUCUCCCAAUCUGACUGAUGAACAGGCCAUGCUGGAGGACACUCAGGUGGCAUUGAUUGAUCUGGAGAAGGUCACCUUCUACUUCCAACAAUUUGAGGGCGAACCAAUGGUUGCAAAUAUGCCCAUCUCCUACCAGGUGGAAGGCACUCGGCAGGCCCUGAAGGUCUAUUUCUACCUCGAGAGUUACUACUUCACACAUUUGCCUUACAGGCUAAAAAAUGGAGGCGGUGUUAAAAUCUACCCUGUCCUCUUUACACAAGCCCUGGAGAGCAUGGAGGGAUAUUACUACAGAGACAAUGUGUCAGUGGAGGAAUAUCAGGCCCAAAUUAAUGCUGCCUCUUUAGAGAAGGUCAAGCAGUACAACAAGAGACUCGGGGCUUUUUUCCUGGAUCAGUCCAACAUACCACCCAGCACUACACCCAAAGCCGCCCUCAUAGAUAAGUUGAUGCGACCUCUCAAUGCUCUGGAGGAACUCUACCGUCUGAUGGAGAGCUUUAUCAGGUGCCGCCGUACCGCUGCCUGCCAGUACACAGCCUGUGGGGCUUCUGGUGUGGGGCUCCUCACUGUGGCGUCUGAGCUCUGCUCCCGUCUGGGAGCCACGCACGUCGUCAUGUGCAACAGUGGUGUUCAUCGAUGCACUUUGAGUGUCACAUUGGAGCAGGCUAUCCUGUUGGCUCGAAAUCAUGGCCUUCCCCCCCGCUGCAUCAUGCAGGCUACUGAUGUCAUGAGGAAACAGGGAGCAAGAGUUCAGAACUCUGCCAAAAAUCUGGGAGUGAGAGACCGAACACCAUCCUCAGUCCCAAGGUUGUACAAGCUGUGUCAGCCUCCUCCCCCAGAUGGAGAUCCAUAAUGCAUUGCACUGGAGAACAUGCCGAAACGUUCUUCAGGUUCAGCAGUCAAACUUCGCCCUCCACCAGUAUGCUUAUCUAGCUGAAGACAGUGCCUCGUGUCUGUCCAUUCCAGCUGCCUGUAAUGUAAAUAAAGUUUUAAAUAGUAUUUUAAUGCUUUUUAUUUUGACUGUUGUACUUUAUAAAAAAUAUUUUGGGGGUUUUUCUAUGUAAAUUGUAUCAAAUACAAUAUUGUGUUUGAAUGAGAAUGCAAAAAGGGAACACGCACCCCAUUAUGUUAACUGUUUUUAUAUAAUAAGUUUAAAAUUAGAUUUGUUUCUGAGAAAGGCAUUUUCAUUUUAUGCUAAAGUACUUUGAAUCUUGUCAUAUUUAUGCUGCUGUGCAAACACUCAUACCCUUUUAAACGCUUUACAAAUAUCAGUAUAUUUCAUUGAGAUUUUUAUUUGAUAGAAAAAAACAGAGACAAUUAAUUGUGUAGAUUUUAUGAAGGAAGAUAUAUUAAGAUUUUUACAGAUAAGAAUAAAAAAAGCCCAAGCUGUAUGUGUGUUUGGCCCCUGAGUAAAUGCUUGGUAGGAUAACCUUUUGCAGCAAUUAGAAAUCCCACGUUUUCUUUUUAUUCUGCUGUAUUUCCGUCAGAUGUCUUAUUGUAGAUGUUGAAGUCUUUGCCAAAUUUUUCAUUGCAAAACAGAAACUCAGUCAGAUUGAAUAGAGAAUGUCUGUUAACAUUCAUUUUCAUUUUGUUUUUUUAUAUUCUCAGUUCAAAAUUUAGUUUUCGAUUUUGACCGGGCCAUUUUAAAACUGCAUGUUUUGAUUUGUUCAGUUGGAAACUUACUCUUGGCCACAGUUACAGGGACUUUUUCUGAUUUAAGAAGCUUUUCUUCCAUGAUUGCUGUGGCGCCAUCCUGCCUCGAUAGCCCUGCUACCAAAAUCAUCCUCUAAAGCUUGGAACAGUAGGGCUGCUGGAUUCAGGAUGAUGCCCAGUGUUUGUUUUUAAGGCUCACCUUUUACUAGAUGACCUUCUUGUCCACACAGAUUAUGCCACACUGCAAACUUGACUGGAUGUGUCCUUUAUUUGUUGUUGUUAAGGCCUUCUUCUUGUAAAUCUUCCACAAAGGCCUUAUUUGAGUCCUUAAUUAAUUGUUGUCAUGGUUACAGAUUCACCCACCAGAGCUCUAGAUCUCUGCAACUCCUCCAGAGUCACUUUGAGCCUCCUGCUAUUUUUUGUUCUGUAUAAUGCUUUCUUUUCCUGAACUGUUUGGGUGGGUGGCCAUGACCCAGAACUCUGGCAGAUGUUUUGGACCUUAAUUAAAUUUACCAGCUAGUCUCUUUUCAAUUUCUUCACAGCUUUAACCCUGCUGUGUUCCUCUUUCUUUUUGCUUCUGUUUGUUCAUUUUAAGUUUUCUUAAGGACUCUAUUCUCUAAUUAAUGUGAAGGUACGGUUCCCAUUUCCUUUUUGGGGGGUAUCUGAGUAAGGUAGGACAAAGACAUAUGCAUAAUAUUCUUUUUAGAUUUUUAUUUGUAAAAUUUAUUUUUUUAUUAAAUCAUGCCUUUCACUUCUGCAUUGCUUUAUCAUAAAACAAUUGCAUGUCUUUUAUUUAACAUUAAAUGCAUAAAUAUUGAAAACUUUUAUAAGGCUAUAUAAAGAAAAUAAAACGGUUUAAAAUUAAUUAGUCUUGCUUAUAUCAGAUCCCUAUCUGUCUGGUUCUGUUGGUGCUUUUAGUUGCCGUAUCUGUUCCUUUUUUGAAAAAAUCAUUGCGCUUUUAAUGGGAUGCUGUUAUAAAUGCAAAAGUGGCUAAACCCGCCACCACUGUCAUUUUGCUUUUCCCUAUUUCAUACAGAUGUCUGUACAUGCUUUAUGCUCAUUAAGACUUGUUGAUUAAUCAGAAUUACAGGGUUGGAUUUAAAGAAUGGAACAUUAUGUUUUUAUACAGUCAGUACUCAGGAUUAAACUGCCUGUAUCUUACUUUUUAUUUGAUGUAGCUGAAUUCUAUGCAAAAAAAAAGAGAUAAUAAAAACCCAAUAAGCUGUUCUAGUGUUUCUAUAUACAACUCUGUGAUAAAUGUAAAAAAAGAGGGAAUUUAAUGCAUAUUUCAUUUAAUCAUUUGUAAAUCUAUUAAAACAGAUAACUUGCAUAAAUUGCUGUGUUUUUGUGGAAGAACUGAGAUCAU